UAAGAAAUCAUCUAAAAAUCGACUUCCUCCUAAAUAAUCUUCUUUGUUUCGUCAACAAUGAAAUACCUUUCCUUAAAAUUCGCCUGAUUUCCAUAAUUGGUAGCCUGAUUUGAUUCUUCCUAUCUGGUCAACAACUCAAUCACUGCUGUCAUGACACCUGAAAAAAUUGGCAGUAAAUUGCCGCAGGGUUUAUUAUACAUCGUCUUGCAAUGCUCACUGGAUUAUACCUCCAUUGCCGUUGAAGCUGAAAACAAGAUAAAAGAAAGUUUUGGACUAGGUCAGAGGGAAAGGGGUUAACCGGGAAAUGGUUAAGUUGCGAGAUGACACAGAUGGAAAUAAUGGUGGCGGUAACUUUGGUGAUGGAAAUGAUAUGAAAACAUUUAGGUUUGCUUUUGAUCUCAAUUUUCAGAUAGAGAAGUACCGUUUCGAUUCUUGUAAGCAUAGACUAAGGGGUUUGUUUGAUCAAGUCGUGGUUGCCUUUUUGAGAGAUAAGUCUGCUGGAAAAUUUCAUAGGCCUAUUCCAGCAUUCUGUGGUGAAGGGCAGCCAGUGGAUUUGUUUAAACUUUUUUGGCUUGUGAGGAAAUUUGGUGGAUACGAUGCCGUUACAAGAAAUAACUUGUGGGGUUUCGUUUCGGAUGAAUGUGGACUAGGACGUGGUGUGAUUGCAUCCCUUAAGUUGAUUUAUAUGAAUUAUUUGAACGAACUGGAUCAAUGGCUGCAACGAGUGUUUAGCAACAGAGUGUUGGAGGAUGACCAUUGUGGAUUUAUUCAGAAACUGGAUUUAUUGUCUCGGGAGUUGGAAAUCAGGUUCAAGGGUAUGUUGCCAAACAAGCAAGAGCAAGAGCAAGAGCAGCUAGGGGAAGUUGCUACAUUUGGUGGAGAGGCAAAUGACAGGUCUCAUAUCAUGAUUGAUGAUUUUGCUUCAUCAGCGAAUAAUGCAGCAGCGAAGAUCAUGAACGAACCAAAUGGUGUUUCUAGAGGACAAGUUGAUGAUGAUGGUGACAUCAUAGGAUCUGCCAAGAAACUCAUUGACGACAUUACCAAUAAGGUCCUAAAUCAUAGAGAAACUACAAUUUCUGUUAUUGAAAAUGAUUAUGAAAGUUCUUCUGCCCUUGAAAACAGUGGAUCUUGUACAUCUUCCAAAAAAGUUAACAAUGUCAACUGUAGAAAACCCAAUGGUUUUGAAAAAAUUCCUGAUGGAGAAGAGAGAUUCAGAGCUCAACUGAGUAUUGAUGAUAAGAUUACGCCCAAAAUUGAUGCUGGAAAUGUGCUGGCUUCUCGUAAGAGGAAACAAGAAUCUCAUUCUUUUUCCGGUAUGCUGGAGUGGUUGAUCCACACUGCAAAACAUUCAGGUGAUCCUUCCGUUGGGUCGGUUCCUGAAUGUUCCAAGUGGGGUGACAGGAAUGGAGAAUUCUGGGCUGAAGCCCUGUUAGUUCGAGAUGCAUUGCUGAUAAAAAGGCAUGCUAGUAAAGCUGCUGGUGAAGUCCUCCAAAAGGAUCAGCAGAAAAAGCCAAGGAUGCUUCCCUCAAUGUACGAGGAUGAUGUUAUCGACCACCAAACUACAGAAAAACUAAGAUAUAGCAGGAGGAAACCCGUGAUUAAACCUCCCUCGUGUUCAUGCUGCCCUUCUUCUGCAGCCCCUCAUAGUCAUCGAGAAGCAGAUGUGGCUAGGCCCAAAGAACCAUCUGAAGCAGCUGCUACAAUCGUUAAGGAGCAGCCUCUAAAUAUGAAUGAUCACAAGUCCUGUGAUGUGCCAGCUGAGAGGGAAGUCCCCAUUGGUCCUUGUUUUCAAGCACAAGUUCCACAAUGGACUGGUACUGCUUCCGAUAGUGAUUCCAAGUGGCUGGGCACAAGAAUGUGGCCUCCAGAAGGUGGUAAAACUAACUUUACUGUUAAACUGGAUCCAAUUGGGAAAGGAAGGCAACAUCGGUGCAGUUGCUCGUUUCCAGAAUCUGUUGAAUGUGUUAGGUUUCAUAUUGCUGAGAAGAGGUUAAAGCUAAAGCAAGAACUCGGCUCAUUGUUCUACCGUUGGCGAUUCAACCUCAUGGGAGAGGAGGUUUCACUUUCUUGGAGUGAACAGGAGGAGGGGAUAUUCAAGGAUAAUAUGAAGUCGUAUGCUGCUUUCUCAAACAAGUUCUGGAACAAUUCCUGGAGGUUCUUGCCUUCGAAAUCGAGGGAGAAAUUGGUUAGCUAUUACUUCAAUGUCUACCUCGUCCAGCGUAGAAGCUAUCAGAACCGGGUAAGUCCAAGAGAUGUUGAUAGCGAUGAUGACGAAAAAGUUUGUGGUUCAAUUGGUGGCAGUUUCGGCCAUAAAGCACUUUAUAUACCUAGACCUAGUUCAGUUUCGUGUGCCCUGAACACGGAGUCGACUGAAUUUGUGUAGUCCAAUUACAAGGUUGUCUAAGUUAUGGUUUUGGAGCUUAUAUGCAAGGGGAAGUUCCAACAAUUUUGGGUGGCGGUUGUAAAUCAAGUUUUGGUUGGUUUGUAAAUAGCCUUGCAGUCAAGCCAGGAUAACAAGUUUCGGUUUGACCUACUUCUCGAUAGCAAGGACUUGUUUUCUCUCAUGCUAGCUCUUGAUUUUUCUGUAUCACAUAACCAUAUCUGCCUUUAAUAACCAAAGCUGAAAAUGUGUUCAUUUUGGGAAGUCUUGUGUUAGAUACGAUUUGAAUCUGAAUACAUUCAAUUGCAUACAAGUGAAUACUACAAAUAUGUCAAAUUUGACUUCUUGCA